UUACAGUAAUCGUGUUCAGCUGUUCAACUUGCAAGCUAAAUUGAAAUAAAUCAAAGCGGCAAAAAAAAUUCAUCGACUUGCCGCAACAUUGCCAUGAAUUAAAUGCUGCAAAAUGGAUAUUAUAUUUUCCCAGGAUGUGCACGAUGAACAGAAGUUCCUCGAUUGCGCGAAGAAACUGAAGUACAACGAGUUUUUGGCGAAAAUGUUUGUAUUAUACAAUAAGCCCAGCGAUGGGGAUGUGUUUGAGCUAACGGGCGAUGACCGGUUGACACAGUUACUCUACGGAUGGGGGGUUUGCCACCUGCCUAUCAGGGAUUCCGAGUCCCUAAAGGAUCCACAGCUGUGUCACAUGGUCAGGGUUUUGCUCUACCACUCGCUGCUGAUGUGGUUUAGCGAAGAGUGGAAGACCUGCUCCGAAAUCCGCAAGCAGCUUUUGCUAAUCACCCUCAGCAAGGCAGUGCCGGCAUUCCGCCAGAUUGGUGACCUGGCCAAUAUCAACUGGUCGUACGUUCUGCAGCUCCAAACGCAGCCCUGGAGCCUGCCCUACCUGGAGCAGCUUUUCCUUAACCUGAACCUGAACAAACAUCACGCCGUCGAAUACACAGUUCAAGAGGCAUCAGAAGAAGACGUUGCUUUCCUCAUGCAGGAAGGGGUAUCCCUGGCCCUGCUGCGACUAAUCCAGCUCUUCAACGCCGGCAACUUUGAGGCUGUGAAACAGCUGGCGCUUCGGAUGCUGGCUGCUUGGCUGAAAAUCCACCAUAAUGCCCCAUUUGUGUCCUUUGAAGGGGAUGAAGACACAAUUACACUAAUCGGUCAUCUAUGCCUCUUGGCUGCCUUUGUUAGAGAUGAUAAGCAAGGCUAUGUGAUUGAUAAUUUGAUUUUCAACAUAAGGUUCUAUGUCCAGAUCCUGAGCGGAUUACUGCUCCCAUCAGAAAUUACCUGUACGCCCGCUCGGCUUAUUGCCCAGGUUUGCGUGCGUCUUCGACUCGGAAGGAAUGGGUUUUUUGAGAAAAUUGGAUUUAGGAAAUUCAAACUCAGUCUGACCACUUCAUUUGCCAUCAUACUGGAUGCCUACUCCAGCUAUGUGCUGGGGAAUCUCUUGCUGGAUCUUCAGCUGCUUAACGAGGACGAUUUUCUGGAGCACCUGCCACAGUACAAAAAGCUAAUGGAUCGCUAUGUAGAGGAGCGGGAGAGCAGCGAGCGCUUCCUUCUAAACGAGCUCAAGAAGAUGGAACAACAGCGAAACAGCUCCACUAAACCACAUGUAGUAGACCUAAAUCUUAACUACCAGCAGCAGAUAUGCAAGGGAAACCGAGUCAUCAACAUCAACAACUGCAAUGACUCUGGUGACGACGAAGAGAUUCAGCCUCGGGUGGGCGAAGAACAAGAAGAACAAACAGAUCCAGUUUUUCAAAAUGUACCAAACGAUGAGGAAGUUUUGAGCUAUGUGUACAAACUGCUGGCAGAACGGGAUUUUUCCGGCUGGAGGUUUGCUAAGAUUGCCCUGCUGCUGAAAAUCAUUGGGCAACAAAUAAAUGCAAUAGAAAAAUGGAGAUAUCAUUCCGGAUUAACCGUUGAUUUUAUGCUUGAUUUGGAGCAAAAGAUGUCUGCAAGCUAUGCUGACCUAGCCAAAUUGUUCUCCGACCAUGGGUUUAUGGAGGCAGAAUUCUGGCUGACUGCUUUCUAUCUCCACCCCACAUCAUCAAAUUAUAACGAAGUGAAGCGCUGUUCGUCGGCCAUGAAAAAUCGACAGGAGGAGGGCGGGCUCCCUGCUCCAGCGCCUAGCAACGUCAAGUACGAAUUGCUGAGCUCCACCAUCGACGUGCACCAGAUUAUGGCCAUAACAAACCAUGAAGAUCCAGUGUCCGACUACGAUCCAAUAAAAGAGUCGCUGAAGGCGUUGCGUCUUCCCAGCCACAUGACCAAGGACCUUCUGAACGUGAUCUUCCAACCGCGAAAUAAACAAUACUCAUGGGCUCUCGAUUGGCACACGCUACACGAGCGUUGCAAUGCCCUACUCAAAAGCCGGGACCUGAAGAGAAAAUUUGUGUCUCUUAACAUGGCCGAGUCAUGCGACGACUUGAAGUAUCUCCAGAUCGACUAUGCCAGGUACAGGAAUCGACCACAGUUGGACUAUGGCACCAUAGAAGAGGGCUACGAAAAUGCGACCAAUCUCUCGAAUGAAGAGGGAGAAGCUGAACCAACGCCAGCAGUGGAUGAUAAAGCAGAGAAGGCCAAGGAGCAGAAAAAGCGGCGACAAAGCAAAUUUUGGUAUGAAGUUUCGGAAGAUGAGGAAGAGGCUGCCUCAAUUGAUUCCGAACCCUGCUACUCAGGAAAUGGACGCCGGACUGGGAUGAGAGCUGCAGCCAUUGCAGCCAAAGCCAAAUUGUCUGAAAUGAGAGAGACAUCGAAUAAGCACUUUGUUGCACAGCGGGUCGUCAAGGAGCAGCCAAAAAUCAGAGUCCAGCCUAAAAAACAAAAAAUAGAAAUGUUUUCGGAAGACGAGGAGGAGGCUGCCUCAAGUGCUUCGAAGCCCUGCUACUCAGGAAAUGGCCGCCGGACUGGGAUUAGAGCCGCAGCCAUUGCAGCCAAAGCCAAAUUGUUUCAAAUGUCCUCUUCAGAGACAUCGAAAAAGCACUUUGUUACACAGCCCGUCGCCAAGGAGCAGCCAAAAAUCGCAGUCCAGCCUAAAAAACAAAAAUCAGUAUUGUUUUCAGAAGACGAGGAUAAGUCUUCUUCCACCGAUACGGAGCACUACACCCGAAAUGGCCGCCUGACUCGGAUUAGAGCCGCAGCCACUGCAACCAAAGGCAAUUUGCCUGAAAUGGAUCGACAAGUGCGCGGUGGUCGACGAUCGAUCUCUCUAGAGACAUCGGAUAAGCAUUCUGAGACACAGCCCGUCGUCGAGGAGGAGCCAAAAAUCGCAGUACAGCCGCAAAAUCCACGAAAGCGUACGUUUGCCGAGCUGAUAGAGUCACGACCCAAGUUUACCAAUGUAACUGAAGGUUUUAAGCCGAUCCCCGACAUAUGGAAUUUCAACAAGGACGAGCUGCAGAAUGUGGUUAGCGGGCCCAACGACAUGGUAGAGUGCAGCUCGAUCAUGGCCAAAAUGAAGCUAUUGAAGAACCUCAAAAUGGCGAAAGCUGCAAAAGCAGCCGGGCAGCCAUGUCCACAGCUGGUUCGCACAGGAUCAGAAACUGAAAGCGUAAACUCCGAAACUUCCACGGUGGCUAUACACGACAUCAACGCGGAGGGGACCAGUGUAGGUUCCUCCGGUGAAGGUAAAGAGCAAACACCUUCGCCGACCGCGAACUCUGAUUUAAGCACGGACCCGGAAGUGUUGAAGCCCACCAAUGAGACUGAGGCGCAUAUGAUCAAUGGCGCCCUAAAAACUACAAACGUGCCACAGAAGACUCUGGACUUACAGUUCUUGUCCAAGAAGCCCAUAAAAACUGUAUAACAGACCCAGGAGCCCCCGGGAGAUGUCAUAGAAACUAGUGAUCUCAAACAGGUCCCCCCAAAUAGCCUGUUCGAAGUAGAUGGACUGGAAGGAAGACAGGCGGACCGAGAGCCAAAAAAACCGAACAAACGGAACAGGAUCUACCAAAUACUAGACAACAGAAAGAUAAGCUCCAUAUGCAACGCCUUUUUUUUUUUUGUUAUUUCUUUAUUUACAUAUAUACCAUAACUAUGUAACAAUUUAUUAUUUAGCCUCAGUGUUAGUUGAGAUGUGAAACCGGAUAAUGGAACCCGGAUCGCGCGGUACUGCCGCAAGACCCGCAGGGUCUUCAUGACGGACACAACCUCCCAUGUUCUCGGAGUGUCCAGCAUUAGGGCUACCAAAUACUCGGAAUCCCACGAUCUUGGUGCUUUCCGGAAGAGCGAACUGUAGAGCCAUGUGAGACUCUGGUCGUGAAACCGAACUCUCUGGAGCCCGAUGUCGAUUCGAGGACGAGCACCCAAUGGCUGACUUGCAUCAAGUAACCUGGGACCUGAAAACCAAGUAACCGUGUUGGUGACCAUGGAGAUCGCGUCCAGCGUCGACAAUUCCUCCGGAAUCCAUACUGGUUUGUAGAAAGUCCCCUUGCAGCCGCUAUUGCUUCGUCGUUGCCCAGCAGGCAGGUGGGUCUGUACAAGAAGGGUUCAGCCGGGGGCUUGGCCGGGAGUUUCCAGCGCUUCCCUCGCUUAAAGAUUUGUUGAACAAAUCAGCGUUGUCCUUCGAAUGCCUGUACAACAGCAGCUGGUUGCCUUGUUUGGGAUCCGAACGGAUCCUGGUGCCCUUCUGGUUUUGAGGCUUCUCGCAGCCGCCAGAAUCUUGGGCUACGUGACCGACCGUAGUUCUCCGCUUGUCUUUAUCUGCCAAGUGGGAAUGGCCUCCUCCACCCUCGCUGCCAUUUUAUCCGCUGCUGCGUUCGCACAGUCCGCCUCGUCGACCGUCAGGUAGUGGAGAGAGCCGUCGAACUCCUCUAGUCUCAUGGUGUCCUGUCGGUAGGCCUCAGGUGGCUGCGUGGCCCUGCUGUCGAGUGGUCUUGUGCCGAUUUCGACCUGGAUCUCGACCUCGUAAUCACUGUCUGUGUACACCUCCUUGAUACCCCAACGGGAGAGGCGUGUCAGUGUUCUGUGAGGUUGAUAAUUAUUCCUGUGCCGGUAUGCUGAUUGUCCUCGCUGAGGAGGGCCUCUGAGAGUUGAGCGUCCUCGAAUAUCGCAGCUGAGGUCGUCCAUGAUGCGCCUUAAAUGCAUCAAGGGGAAGGUUCGAUGUCAGGUAAGAGCUGUAGAUCCAGAGCUUGCCUACCUUUCCGCGGACAAAUCCGUUGGCUGUCAUGACCUCGACAAUCUGCGUUGCUACCUCCCUGCAUAUGGUUGCUUUGCUUGUUCGGUCUGAAACCCACUUGUCUUAAGAUUCAAAUUAAGUUGAAUCAGUUGCACGAAGACGGUUUCUGGCGAAGACCUCGGCAGCCGGAGGGUUGAUGCUUCGUGUUCUUCUUGUCGGAUGCGCCGCAGAGGUAUCAACUUUCCCCUAUCCCGUUCAGUUCCGUGGUGGAUCCAGGAACUUUCUUGACAAAAAAAAUAAAAAAAAAAAUACUGAAUGGAAAAUCCUUAAAAUAAAUAUAAAUACAACAAACAUAUUAGAAGAGUUUAAAAAGCCCAACGCGAUGUAUCGAAGUGCAAUUAAAGAAACUGUGAUAUCCCAACUUCCCACAUUCCUCUAGAUUAUAAAGUUAGCCUAGUCUUUCCUAUAUUAAAGAUUAGAGAUUACUCUCUCUAAAGCGCCACCGCUCUAUAAUAUCAUUGGACUUUUCCAACACCUUUCUAUUUCUAAUCAGCUAAAAUUCGCUUACUGCUAUUAUCUCCCUCCCAAAACAAAUUAAGUUUCAUCGCUUACGCCGACUUUUUUACAUUUAUUAAUUGCGCACAAGAGAACUAAAAACCCCUGAACUAACCGUUCCUCCCUCUUUAACAAUAUAAAUCAAUGGUGCACUUUCUCAGGUGUCUCACUUUCAAUAGACAAAUACAAAUAAAUACAAAAACAAACCAAGAGAGAAUGCUUUAGUCGAGUUACCCGACUAUAAAAUACCCGUUACUUAGCUAGUGGCAAUGUGAAAAAGAAAUUUCAUCAUUUUUCUGUGAUAUCGAUAGAUAAUGGGUAAGUUGUGUAAUACUAAUAGGUGGAUUUUUUCAGAAGUGUGGCCGUCGCAGUUUUGGGCGUUUUGUGGGCGUUAAAGUGUGAGUGUCAAUUCUUUUUUUUUUGGCAAAACGUUAAAAAAUUUACAACACUAAUAAACAUAUGAAAAUA